AUAUUACUGCCUUGGACUGGGUCGGAAAGGCAUCAGAGUUCAACAGCUGUCUACCAGCCGACAUCACUUCAUACAAAGCUCCACCAUGCAAGGUGCCAUCCGAGUCUCUAUCCGAAGAAAAGAUCCAGUCAUCGGUCUCCUCACUGCGAGGUGUCGUGGAUGUAGAGUUGGCUUUGCAAUUAUAUAAGACACUUGACUCCCUGAAAGCUCCCAGUUUCGAGCACCGCCGGUUGCAUCUGCCUUGCAUUGUAUUUCCGGUCAGAGAAGCCAGGCGGAAGUCAGGUCAUGACCGAAAUACAUAUACGUAUGAACUCAAGUCAGACGGACUUUGCAACCUGCAGAUCACGACAGAAGAUAGGUUCACUCCGUUCUCGCCGACAAGGCCGCUGCUUGUCUGGCAGACGAUGUUGCUCGUUCGUCCAUGGAGUCGCCAUCUCCUCGGGCUGGAUGACACUGCAAACGAUACGGAGAGCGUGGACAAUUGGUCCGUGUUCGAAUCUUUGUUGCACGAUUCUCCCGCUGCACAAACUGGGUCGAUUUAUUCGGACUCUUACUCGCAAGCAUUGCGGUUGAUUGUCAACCUUGGACAGCCGUUUAGUGUAUUUCUGCUAGAGCGGCAGCACGAAGGAGAAUUUAAGAGGAUCGCAUCUGAUCAUGAUAUUAUUGCACAGGUUAAAGACAUAGAUUCUAUUAACUACUUGAUGGACAUUAGGAUACUAGAUUUACUGUAGCUGUAUGCAUGGAUCCUUUCUGUAGUACUUCUCGCACCUUUUUCGGGAGUGUUUAUUGUUACGCCACCUCCUCGAGUGGACUAGUCUUACUAAGGAUGCAAUUUCCAUGAUGCUGGACGCGUCAAAUGCAG